GUCGCAGGUGAGUCGUAGGAUUAAGGAGGUACACAGCCAGUGGAGGAUUUUGCCGUGAAGAGCCGGGAGAUAAGCUGCAUCUGGGUGGUACAGAGCGUGCAGCAGCAGAAGUUUUCUGAAGCUAUGACAAUAUUAAGACAGCAUUAAGAAACAAAUAAUCAUGAACACCAAAGAUUUUGUAGUUAUUCCCUGGGGAAAACCUGGAAAUUCUGUAAAACUAAAAUAUAAAAAUGCUCGGGAACUGCAAAUGGAGAAAAUUCAGCUAGAACUCGAGAACCAAACGAUGGAAAAGAAAUUCCGAGAAUUCCAAUCCACAUGGAACAAAGGAAAGGAAGAAAUGAAGUCAAGUGGAUAUUACUGGAAUUCUGGAAGUGUGGGCAAAUUGGGUAACAAGUCACAUCUAACGUCACAAAGUAAAGUGAAUGCUAGUAAGCUCUCUUCCGGAAAUGUGAAAUUAAAGAUACUGAAGGAACAGAUUCAAGCACCAGUGAAACAGCAAGCAAAUCAUAAAAUGGCUCAAUCUUUUGGAAGGGAAAAGCCCAUGACUAAAAAGAAAGUUUGUGGACAGUGUGAGAACAAAGCUGCUCUCCUUGUGUGCCUGGAAUGCGGUGAGGAUUAUUGUUCGGGAUGCUUUGCUAAAAUACACCAGAAGGGGGCACUCAAGUUCCACAGAACGAAUCUUUUACAGGCAAAAUCUCAAAUCUUAUCCAAUGUGUUAGAUGUUGCUCAUCAAUUUAUAAAGGAAGCAAAUCCACCUAAUGAAGGGAAUACGUCUCCAGAAGCAUCCAGUAAAAGUCAAGAGAAAACUAAAGCCCCACUUCUUCAGGACAACAGCACUGAGGUAGAAACUACAGCAGCAGAAGGAGGAGAAAGUACAAAUCCAAGGUGCAAGCCCUUGUGUGAAGGGCCUUUUGAUGAAGAAGCGUCUGCCCCGUCCUUUCGGGAAGCCUUGACUCAGUGGAGAGCUGGACAUCAGGAGGAAAACAAACAGCAGAACGAACAUGCAACAAAACCAGUGUGUCUUUUUAUAGACUCAGUGGAAGAAUGUGAAGUACAAACUAAUUUGAAAAUUUGGACAGAACCAAUUAAUAUCGAAUUUACAGAAGACAGUCUGACAUAUAUGGAAAAAUUAUGGCUUAAAAAACACAGAAGAACUCCACAGGAACAACUUCAGAACAUACUAUUAAAUACAUCCCCACAUCCCUCUGAAGCUACUAUGGAGGCACAGAGCUCUCAGAAUGAAAAUGAUGUUGAUAGUGACGUUGAGGAGAUCAAAGUCCAAUAUCCACCUCUUUUUAUGCGAGUAGAAAAACUGAAUAUAGAAAGACCUCCACCAUCUCUAACAAUAGUAGAACUGGAUGGUACUCAUGAAGCAGACGUUGAAGAACCAGAGAACGCUGUACCUUACAGAGUUGAAUUAGCUGAUGCAGAGAGUCAGUUAAGUUCUCCAUUUCCUGAUGAUCGGAACUGCUUUCCACGUGAACAUGGCAUCCAUCAACAUCUUGUUUUCAACAGAGGAAAAGCAGACUUCUUAAGUCUUUGUCUGAGAACAAAUUCUACAUACCAUAAGGAUGGCUUAAAAGGCUCUUCAAAUACAGAUUUUGGCAAUAGUAUGGAGUCUGGUCUUUCUUCUCAUGAGCUCAAAAAAGUAGGAGAAACCAGCUCUUUUGAACAAAAUGUAACAGAAAAAAAUACAGACCCAGAAAACAACCAAAAUUCUGGUGAUUCCUACAUGUCAUUUUGGAGCAAGGAUUCUAAGCCACCUGUAGAUUUACAUACAUCCUUCAUAGAGGGGAAUUCAUCUCAAGAUACCAGCAUAUCCUUGGAAGGUAGCAAUCUGAAGGAGAAGCCUAACUUUGAAGAUUUAAAAACUACAAAGACACCACCGCUGUUACAAGACAUAGCCCUCAGAAAAAAACCUGUAAAUGAACGGUAUCAAGGACUUGAGAAGUUCUUUACAGUCGGUAAGAAGGAAAGACUCGGCUCCCUUCCUUCACCAAGUAUACGAGGCAGCCAUCCCUGUUCCACGAUCACACUCUCAGAAGACAAAGUGUGGAUCCCAGACAGCAGCUUAAGUGAGCAUGCUGAUGGUGCAGAUGCCUUGCAUGAUCUGCCAAGUGCUGAAAAUCCACUUCCUAAUCUGCAACAGCAAAAGACAGGCCAGAAAUCCCAGAGACCUUCUACAGCGAACUUCCCUGUUUCCAGUUCUGCUCGCAAAGGCUCCAGCUCUCAUUUGUCCUCUUAUCCCCGAUCAAGAAGUGUAGCUGCUCAACCCCUAUCCAGAGCUGCUUCUGAAAUUUCAGAAAUUGAAUACAUAGACGUCACUGACCAGAAUGAGCCUUUCCUAGAUAACGCAGAAGAUCAGCAAGCUUUAGAGAGUUUGGAGAAAGAGUUAAACACAUUGAAAAACCUUGCAGAUCCUUCAGAAAAACCUCAGAGUCUACCCUCAGAAGAGCUACCAGCCUUCACCCGCUAUUCUCUGAAUUUCAAUCAGAUGUCCGACGAACUCCCGGAGAUGCCUUGUGAUGAGGACAACUGUGAAACUGAGAUGAGGUCCUGAGAUUCAGGUGAUAAAAAAAACUUUAUUAUUGACUAAACAUGUCCAGAUAUUAUUAACCACACUUAAGAAAUGUAAUACAGUUUCCUGCUCAAUAAUCAUCAAAAUAGCUUUUCCCUGCGGUAGAUGGGAGCACAGAAGGAGACAUGAAACUGGGCAAAGUGCACACGCUGAGAAAUUGUGGAAUACUCAGUUCUAAAUGGAAUAUUUCCAUGAAAUAACUUCCUCCUUGGCCCAGCAAGCCCUGCAGCAGAGGAGACAGUAAAGUUUUAAGAGCCAAAGGUGAUGGAGAGGACCAAGGACACAAUGCCUUCUAGACACAACAUGGCUGGAGCAAAUGUGAACUCAGAAAUUGUGUCAGCAUACACGGUACAUAUGCAUGUCUAAGCCAGAUGAGGUUCCAGCACUAAGAUGGGGAGUGAACAAAAGUCUCUAUUCCUGAUCUAGACGCCAUCUCCAAUUGACAGCUCUUUACAUAGGGAAGUUAUUUUCUCUGAUUGAUUCUCAACGGGAAUGCAAAUCAUUCUUAAGGGCAUACUGUUAUUAGAUGAAUGCACUCAGUGGUUAUCUUGGAGGUAUUUUUUUCUAUCUACUCAUCUUUUUAUUUCCUAUUUUAUUUUACAAUCCAUUUUCUUAUAUAUUAUGGUUUCUA